GCGCCCAUUAGCGGGUCCAAAGAUCACAUCCUUCUCCUGUGUGUCCUCUGUCUCUGCGUCUCUGGACAAAGACGUCGUGUAACAUGAAGCUCGUGCUGUUUUUAACCACUGCUCUGACUCUGCUUCAGUCUGGACUCCUCAUUCCAGGUUUCUGUCUCCUGCCCAAAGAUGAAGGCACAGGCACCACCUUCUCCUUUGCGGUGCACUAUGACCCUGAGAAGGACCUGUGCAUGCCGUUCCUGUACAAUGGCCAAGGAGGGAAUGCCAACCGCUUCCCCAAUGAGAAAGAGUGCAUCCGAAACUGCUCUGCCAAUGCUGAGAACAUCUACCCCAUUGACUUGACCAAAGCCUGCCACUUUCCAAAGGCCAAAGGGACCUGCACUUCGACUCUCCUCAGGUAUUACUAUGACUCUGUGAACGACCGCUGCAGGAAGUUCCACUAUACCGGCUGUUUUGGAAACGGAAACCGCUUCACCGACAUCAACGUCUGCAAUGCCACCUGCAACGGCAUCCACGACGACAGAGAAGCGGAGGAGGACAUUGAAUGGGACACUCCAGUUGCGAUCAUUUGUGGAGUGCUGCUGGCUGUUAUUGUUAGUGGUAUCAUCAUAACCGUCGUGGUUUUAACUGUCCUAUCAAAGAAAAAGGAAGCAAAAAAGGGAGGAGCAGGGAAAAGACAACAGCAGGAGGUCCCUCUGCAGGAAGCCCCAACAGAGGUGUCGUGAAGGGUCAUGUGACAAUGAUCAUGUGACCACAGACAGAUGGGAUAGAGCAUUAGAUAUGGCACUCCAAUGAUUACAUGGCAGCGAUUCAAGAAUACUUUGAAUAUAUAUAUAUAUUUACAGAAUACUGAAUACCCAAAUUGAAAUGUAUUUUGUAUUCUGGUACAUGGUCCAAUCAGAGUACUGUGUUCUGAAUACUUAGAAUACAAAUCACAUACAUGCACACACUCACACACACACACGCGCGCACCCCCCCCCCCCCCCCCCCCCACACACACACACUGUAAGAGCUGUGUUCUCUAUUUCUCUCACUGAUUCUGACCAGUUCAAAGCCAAAAUUGUAGAUGAAAUCCCCCCAUGUAUUCAUUUUAAUUUAGUUAAGUAACUGUUCUCUGGUACAGUUACCAAAUGGAAAGGUAACCAUACCAGGAUAGAGUUACUCCAAAUGAAUAUUAUUGUAUGUAUUUUCAGUACAUGUAUUUAGUUACUUCCCAUCACUGACCACCAGCCUCGCCCUGGUCACUCUAGUGCUCUAUCUGAUCAUGUUGAUGCAGAUCAUGUGACUGUGAUCAUAAACAGAUUUUCACUCAGCUGUUAUGUAUUUUGAAUCUGUACAAAUGUUUUAAUCUGUGAAAACUUGACUGAAGACUAAAGAUCUUUGUUGUUAAAUGGAACAAUGCACAAUACAAUUAGGCCUCGUGAACAGUGACAUGUAACUGAAACUAUUUUGAGUUGAAGCUAUUGGAUAUUUUUUCAGCUCAUUCUAUUGUUUUGUUUUGCCAGAUCAGGGAUCAUUCAAACUGCAUAAUAAUAAUGUUGUUUAAUAAAGAUACAUGAACUUGU